ACCAAAGAAUUAAAUUUGUGUUCACGGUGGCACCAAAAUUGUGAUAGCAUAAUAAUAAUCUGAUCGGAAAUGGAGAGCGUGACGGUGAUAACGGUGAAACCAAUCGAAGCAACUCCGGCAACCUUCCAAGACUACGGCCAGGUCAUCGAGGCUUCCCCGGACGGCGAGGGUUUCGGUCCUCAUGAUGCUCAACUUGAUCUCAGUAAAGGAAUUCCCAGGUUCUACAUUAUGCAUCUUGAAAAUCGGCCGCUUAAGUUUUCCAGUAUCACACAUCAUGCAUGUGUGACUCAGUGCCUUGGGUCCAUUGGUGGUAAUGUUUGGUAUCUUGGAGUGGCUAAGCCGUCUAUUGUUGAUUCAAAUGAAAUUAAGGAUAACACAGGCAAGACAAUCGUGCAGUCACGCAGUGGUCAUUUUUACGCGCCUCCUGCCAUUGAGGAUGUCCAAGUUUUCAAGGUUUCGGGUUCCAAAUUUCUCAAGCUUAACCGUGGGACAUGGCAUGCCGGUCCUCUAUUUACGUCUGAUACAAUGGACUUUUAUAAUCUAGAACUUAGCAAUACAAAUGUGGUUGAUCAUACAACACACUACUUCAAGAAGCAUGAUGGAGUGACUUUUUCAAUUGAUGAGUAAUUGGAGCCUUUUGUUGUUUCCAGUGUUUCAACUGAUUCUGCACAUUGUGUAUAAUUAAAUAAAUGACAAAAUACUAAUAGUAUCAAACUAUAUACAAGUACAUAAUUUCUGGAAA